AUGAUCCGACCUCCCCCACUCAAUCUCAAUCUCAAUCUAAACCCCCUCUCCAACUCCAACUCCAACCCCCACACCAACAACUUCCUCAUCCCGGCCCCCACAUUCGAGAAAAUGAAACAGGAAAUUCGAGAAUUCAAAAAAUUAGGCGGGAGAGGUUUUGUAUUUGGGAUUUUAAAAGAAGAAGAAGAAGAAGAUCUUCAUUCUCACAAAGGAGAAGGAAAGAAAGGAAAAAGAAAUCUAAUAAUCGAUCAAGAGCGAUGUAGGGAAUUGCUGAAAAUUGCACGGGAGGGAGAGGAUAGGGAGAGCGUUCGCUGUACGUUUCAUAGGGCUUUUGAUCGGAUUGAUAGGGAGAGGAUGGGGGAGCAGUUGGAGGUUCUCAUAAACCUCUCAUUCACCUCCCUCCUUACCUCAGGGGGCUCCCCCACCUCCACCCAAGGAAAACUCCAAAUAAAAACCCUAGUCCAUCAAGCCUCAGGACGCAUCGAAAUAAUCGUAGGAGGAGGCGUACGAAGCCAUAAUUUAAAGGAAUUGAUUGAUGAGACGGGGGCGCAGUGGUUUCAUAGUAGUGCUGUUACAGGAGAGGGAGAGGAGGUGGAUGGGGAAGAGGUGAGGAGGUUGAGGGAGAUUAUGUGCACGUAUGGGGCUGGUUCUGUUGGGAAUCUAUUGUAA